GCGUCAAUGUAUUCCCGAGUCGCCAUCUUAACUUUAUAAGUACUUAUAUCGGUCGAAUUGGAAAAUGCGAAUAAAUGUAACAUAUCGUGGUGCGACACGAGUGUACUGUAAACUUCGCGGGUAUCAAAUAAAAAACCUUGCCGUGCUAUUUACGAAGAUUUUAGCUCGUAUGCUUACAAUAUUAAGGAUUUCACGUGGUCAAUUAGAAUUUUGAUUUAAAAACAAUUUGGGUUACUUACAUUCAUCUCCAGUAUCAACUUUCAUAAUGUCAGAGGAAAAUAAACAUACUUCGGAGGAGACCGAGUCGGAAAUGAAUACAGAAAAUCAGAUCAGAGAACAGUCGAAAAGUGAUACAAGUAUAUUAAACAAUGAAAGCGAACAACCUAUGUUAGAAGAUGAAGAAAUGCCGACGUUUGUUAGUGUAUCAAGUCCUUCGAGACGAGACGAUUCCGAUCCGAGUAACGUAAAACAACAAUGUAGAAUACCUGUAGAAGAAGAUCACAGUCGAAGCCCCUGUCCCAGUGAUGAUCAAGGAGGAGGUAGUAUUUAUGUAUUGUCUUCUGGAGAAGAAAGUAACCAUCCUUAUAAUGAUGAAGAGGAAGAUGAAUACGGAGAUAGCGAUGAAAUGGAUGAAAUGGACCUUGAAAAUGAACAUGAACAUGAACAUGGAAUGUUAGAAGAUGAAGAAGAGGAAGAUGAGGAAGAUGACGAUGAAAGAAACCCUCUGAGAAUGCCCAAUGAGGAUGAUGAGGAUAUUGAUACAGAAUAUGACCAAGAAUAUUUUGAUAGAGUAUCCGAUGACUUUAUUUUAAACAAUAGAUUAAAGCAACAUCAUAAAGAAAGAAGUUUAUCAUUGCAAGAUCUAAGUAUUUCUAAAAAUAAUGUUCAUUCACCGUAUAAUAAAAAAAGGCAUAGUCUAAAUAUUGUUAGGCAAAAUUAUUUUGGUUUCCAACAAAAUCCAGUAAUGUAUUCUAUCAUACAUAAAAAACAGAUGGUGCCAGUUAAAUAUCAACAUGUGGAAAGUAAGGUGAAGCAAUAUAUAAGAGAUAUAAAGGAACAGAAUAAAAGAUCAAUGGAAAAGCGUAUUAAGGAGCAAGAAUUUGUGGAAAAUAAAACUUAUGAGGAGGAUGAAAACAAUGACACUGAGCAAGUGAAUACACCGGUCAUUAAUAAAGUUAUAAAAGAUUAUGCACAAAAGACUAUUAAAGAUUUGCAACGUGAAGAAAUCGAGGGUACUAAUUUAGUUUAUAAUAUAGCACAAAUAGUCAAAAAUAGUAAAAAUAAUAAAACUGAUAACAAAGUAAUUGAAAAUCAAUUUAAACAUAUGCGAAAGGAUUCCGAGUACGUUAAUAUCCAAAAUGAAAAACGGGCACAAAGCAGCGACGAUAAAUUAGAGAAACGAAAUGGUUCAGUGGAUAUUAAUGUGCAUCAAAUUGAAUAUCAAAAUACCUUGGAUAGAAACAUAAAGUUUAAUAACAUGAAUCAAUCUCCUUUAGUUAAUGGUCAUGAACAAACCCCUGCAUUUAUCAACUUGCGUACAGUAACUUAUGAGGAAUACAUGCACGGUAUAACAAAUAGUGAGCAGAAAGACGAAUUAGAUGAACAGAAAGAAAAGGCACACGAGACUGAAGUGUAUAACGAGGCAGAAAUGAUUAAUGAACAAGAAAUCGAUAAUAGUAACACAAGUUGUUCUUUGAAAAUUGAAAGCGUGAAAAGUAUUCGCAUGAGCCAAGACGAGUCGGGUAAUUUAAAUUUUGCAAAAGUGAAUUUAACAGAUGACAUAGUCACGGAAAGUACAGAAAUAAUUCAGUUAAAAACCCAAUUGAGUCAAAAAGAUGCUCAGUUUCAUCAUUUGAAAGAUGCCUAUCAGAAAACAUUGGCAGAGAAUAUAAAGAUGAAACAGGAAUUGGAUGCGCUGAAACAAUCUUUAGCAAAAUAUGAGAAUGAAAAUAAAGCACGUGAAACAAAAGUUGCAUCUGUACAAACUGAAACCGUUGAAAAAUCUGUAUGCAAUCAGGAAACCACGACUACGGGAGAGAUAAACAAAAAAGUAUCCACUAGCAGUGUUGCAUCAACGGCGAGUUCUUCCGAUCAAUGGGCAGAAAGCGCUUACAGUCCAGCGGUAUCAAUUAAACCACCCGAUCUGACGUCGAUUCUUAAUUCUGAUGAUAGCAUAGUACUCACUAAUGCGACUCCAAGAAAAAUAGCACAUCCGUUAUCUCGAACGUUUAUUACCUCGUCUCGAAUUUUACAGACCCUUUCUAAUAUAACGCAAGGCAAAACAAAAACCGAGAGUCCUUUAGUGCAAAAUACUAAAAAAGGUUUGAAUGAAAAUUUAACGGAUCAGCUGGUAAAUUCACAUUACAGUUCUCCAACUCAUACUUCGAGUUCUAAGAAGCGAAAGGCAACAGAAAUGCUUGGUUCUUCUACUUUUACUCAACCCUUCAAAAUACCUCACACGAGUCUAGAAUCAGACAGAAAAAGUAACAUCAAUACGGCUAAUGUCGAAUUUAAAUUUGUUGAGGAGCAUGCAAAAUCUAAAGCAGAACAAGAACAGAAUGCAUCUAUUAAUAAAAAUAUUGAUGGUUCUACGUCUACGGACAGUAAAACAGAAGAAACAGUUGAUAAUGAUAACGGUGUAAAGUGUUUCAUAUACGCGGAGGAUGAGCAUAGUAAAAAUAAAAGUUUCUUAAUUCAAGCAGAAGAACCACUAAAGGAUGGAAUAAAUGAAAAGAAUCGGGUUCAAGAAUGUGGUCCAUACUUACUAGGUAAUCUUGAAGUAAGAAUGUCUGAAAUAAAUGGUACAAUUAGCGUUUGGGGUAAAGAAGUGAAUCGAGAUGAUAUAAACGACAAUGAAGACGACACAGAAGUGUCUAUAACACCAUCCGAAAAGAAAACAUGUAAUUGUUGGCAAAGUACGCCGGAAAUGAGAUUUAAUGAAAGUCCGCUUGUGUGUUCAACGAAUAAAAAAUUGAGAAUUCCAUCUAGAUUCAAUAGAUCUAACUCCAAUAGUUCUCAAUAUCGUCGCAAUUUAUCAUCAAAUGCAAUGGGAACAUCUUCCUUAGGAGACGAUUUGCAUGAUAAAAUACAUACGGAUCAUUCUUUUAAUCUAAACAAUUGUGUUCUUUCUUGUGAAAAAUAUGAUUCUCCAAAAUAUAACGAAGAAUGGCCAAUUUGUAAAGGUGCUUCAAGCUCACAAGAAAAAUUACAUUCCUGUUGUAUACAUCCUCCAGAACUCGUUAACGAAGAACGUCGCUGUGAUUUGCAUCACGAAAAACAAAAAUAUGAUCUUAGUCCUAAACAUCUUAAAAAUAAGUUAUAUAAGGGUAUUAGAAGGAACUCGUAUAAAAAUACUUUUAUACCAGAUUCAAAGAAUCGCUUAAAUGAUAACGUUACGAAUACCAAUAUCGAAACAAACGAGGUAACUUCCAAAUGCCGUACGUGUCAACGUUCCUUUCAGAAUGUAGUGGCUAAUCCAACACACUCAAAAUUCAGUAACAUUGUUAGAAAUUUCUCUUAUUCAUGUAAGUCGUCUUUGGAUAACAUAAGUAACCAUGAAAAUUCCGAGAAACAUACUUGUAGUCAUAGUGUUUCUAACGAUGAUGAAGAAGAUCCUCUUAUACCAUUUAGGCGAUCUAAUGAAACACCCGAGACCAGACAACGAAGACUAAGUGGUAAAAAGGUACGGGGAAUUCUUAUGGACCUCUUAAGAGGAUGUGGAGAUUGUCGUAGUAGCAGCAGUACGAAUUUAAUUAAAAAUGAGCAACAGACGAAAGAAGCACCUUAUACUGUAAAUGGUCCUCCACAAAUUAAAAUCACAUCUCCCUCAAUGGGACCUACAUCUUCAGGUUCUACCCAAUGUAACGAGAGAUGUUGUCACGCAUAUGCGCUGCGGAUCGAAUCACAGCUUGAAGAAUUCCGCACGGAAAUGGAAAGAGUACGAUCACGUUCCGACGCAAUCCUUGAUAUGCUCAAUAUGCUUCACUCUGUGGAUAUGAACUAAUGAAACUUACACAGUGCUUUUUCCUUGUACAGAUCACUUUCUUAAUUUCUUUUUUAAGUCAACAUUCACACUGUCGUCAAUCUUUGUUAUUUUCCUCUUUUAAUUAAUUGCAUAUAGAAAAACACGUAUUCAAUUUAUUAAAAUGAAAAACAGUCGAAUCAAAAGAAAAAGUCACAUCGUUUGUAUUAUAGUGAUUCGAUUUCGUGGCGUUGAUAAAUGUGAUAUUAAAAAAAAAAAAAAAAAAAAAAAAACAA